AUGGAGGCGGAAGCGUUGGACGCAAUCAACCCCUUUCCACCUCAAGGCGACAACCCAAUUCUGGACUCCGACCUGUAUGGCGCAGACGGCUUUGAUAUGCCAGACCCUGGGCUGCUCACGGAAAAGAAUGAGUUGUAUUUCACCGCGCCGCCGCAGGACCUGCGGACUUUGACCCGCAGCCAGCGGUGGCAAAACAUGAACCCGCGUGCCCGCGCCCGCCAGCUGUGGCUGCUCCUACGCACAGGCCUCCACGACAUCGUGGAAAAGGAGAAAAGAGCGGAGCUGCGCGUGGCGCGCUUGACGCAUGGGCUGGAGGCGCUGCGCUGCCUGGAGGUGGCGGCGGGGCUGCGCUCCGUGGCGCAGGACCCGGUGGGAGGACGCUUUGUGGUGCUGGACGGCGCGGGCUGCCUGCACCUGCACAGAGAGGACGGCUGGGCACAGGAGAAGCUGCCGGCCCCCAUCGCGCUUUCGGGGCUGGUGACGGUGCUGGGUCCCCUGGGCGCUGUGGGCCGCUUUGUAGGGUGGGGCCCCUCGGGGCUGGCCAUACUAGGGCCCGACUUCAGCCUACUGUGGCUGAGUGAGCCGGGGGUGGGCAGGGCACCAGGCCGUGAGCCCACCUGCUGCCUGCCGGUGCCCUACCCAGGGCUGCUGCUUGUGGCCGAGGUGGGUGGUGGCCUGGAGCUUUGGAAGUUCCGCUCAGGUGGUCGCCGCCUGGUACCGCGAGGGUCACGCAUGCGGCCGACGCCGAACCUGGCGGGCCCGCUUAUGCGUCUGGCUCUGGGGCCGGCGCCUCCCCACCGCGUCCCGCGCUGCUUCGCUGCCUGUGGCUCAACCGUGCUCAGCUUUGAUCUGCAGGCCUGGGCCCUCCUCGACGUGCGCCGGGAUCUGCACAAAACCACGAUCUCGGACCUGGCGUACUGCGAAGGGGCAGAUGCCAUGGUGACGGCUUCCCGGGACAGCACGGUGAAGGUGUGGGAGGCCGACUGGCAGAUCCGGAUGGUGUUCGUGGGCCACACAGGCCCGGUGACAGCUCUGGCCGUGCUCCCGAACACCACCCUGCUGGUGUCGGCCUCGCAGGACGGGACGCUGCGCACAUGGGACCUGCAGGCGGCAGCACAGGUGGGCGAGGUGGCUCUGUGCUACUGGAGCCAGGACGUGCUGUCCGGGCGAGUGAGUCGCCUCCUGGCGCCCGCGCGCCCGGGCUGGCCGGUGCUCUCCCUGCGCGCGAGCAGCGUAGAGCUGUGGCGCGUGCGCGAGCUCUACUCGCAGCUGGCGCAGUUGCCCGCGCCCGUGCUCCACCUGCAGGCAGCACCCGCGCUGCCCGCGCCCGCUCCGUGCCACAGCGCCGUGGCCCGGCCCUGGGAGAACAAGAACCGGUACCUGCCCGUGCUGGGGUACACGGACGGCUCGCUGUCGGUGCUCGAGUGGCGCUCGUCCGAGACCGUCUUCCGCACGGAGGCACACAGCCCGGGCCCCGUCACCGCCGUGGCAUCCACCUGGAACAGCGUCGUGUCUUCGGGCGGGGACCUGACGGUGAAGGUGUGGCGCGUCUUCCCCUACACCGAGGAGAGCCUCAGCCUGCUUCGCACCUUCUCCUGCUGCCAUCCGGUGGUGAUGCUCUGUGCGCUCGGCACACGUGUCACCAUAGGCUUUGAGGACCAGGACAGUGCCACCUAUGGCUUGGUGCAGUUUGGCCUGGGCAACAGCCAGCGCUGUGACCACCGGCCCCAGGACGACCCCAUGGACCACAUCACCGGCCUGUGCUGCUGUCCCACGCUCGAGCUGUACGCCUGCUCCAGCCUGGACUGCACCGUCCGCAUCUGGACAGCCGAGAACCGCCUGCUGCGGCCCUGGCCUUCUGCAGCAACAGUGGAGACCUGGUGCUGGCACUGGGCUCCCGCCUCUGCCUGGUGUCCCAUAGCCUCUACCUGCCCACAUCCUAUCUGGUUAAGAAGCUGUGCCAAAAGACCCCUGAUGUGGUGGAUGACUCUCCACUACCACUGACCAGCCAGGAGUCUCUGACCUCUGCCCAGCUGCAGAGGCUUGCCAACCU